CACCUUCUCGCCGGACAUCAGGACGGAGCGCGCGGAGCAGCUGCUUCCUGGGCGGAGUCACAGCUGCAAACCGCCGCUUCCUGAUGUUCGCUACCGCCAAACCUGAAUCAACGCGGGGCUCCAGGCAGCAGCUGCAUCAGUAACGCAAUAACGAGCCUUUGUUUUAAUAACCGCAUAAAAAAUGCCCGUGACUCCGAAGCGGCCGCGUCCCGAUUUACUGGACGACUCCACGGAGAAAAGGAUGAAGCGCAUUUCUGUGGAGGGAAAUAUUGCGGCGGGCAAGUCCACCUUUGUGCGCCUUUUGGGUCAGGAGAGCGCGGACUGGGAGGUGGUACCGGAACCGAUCGCCAGGUGGUGCAAUGUCCAAACAAACGCCAGCGACUUUGAGCUGACCACGUCCCAGAGGAGUGGAGGGAAUGUGCUGCAGAUGAUGUAUGAAAAGCCGGAGAGGUGGGCCUACACCUUCCAGAGCUACGCCUGCAUCAGCAGGGUGCGCGCCCAGAUCCGCUCCGCCAACGGCAAGCUGCGGGAGGCCGAGAACCCCGUGCAGUUCUUCGAGCGCUCCAUCUACAGCGACAGGUACAUCUUCGCGGCCAACCUCUACGAGAGCGAGUGCCUGAACGAGACGGAGUGGUCGGUGUACCAGGACUGUCACAGCUGGCUGCACAGCCAGUUCGGCAAACACAUAGAGCUGGACGGAAUCAUCUACCUCCGAGCUUCGCCGGAGAAAUGUUUAGAGCGGCUGCACCUGAGAGGCAGGCAAGAAGAACAGGACAUCCCCCUGGAGUACCUGGAGAAGCUCCAUUUCAAGCACGAGAGCUGGCUGCAGCACAAGACCAUGAAAAUGGAGUUUGAGUAUCUCCACGAUGUCCCAGUCUUGACCAUAGACGUGAAUGACGACUUCAAGGAUAAUGAUCAGAGGAGCGUGGACAUGAUUGAGAAAGUGAAGGACUUCUUGAGCACAUUGUAGACGCAGCGGUUGACACAAUGAAAUGCCCCAACACAGACACUUCUACCAGUCACUGCCUGUAGCUUUUCCAAUAAUUCCACUGAUGUUAGUGUGUUUUGUAUAUAUUAUUUUGUUUUAUGCUUGUGACACGGCGCUUUUUUUAUCAACAGAUGACAAUAAACGGAAAGACCUGAACUAAUUUAAAAUUGUUUAUAAAUCGCGUAGAGGGAGUGGGGAAAUAUUUUCUAAACCUAAAUAGUGUCUCCCUUUCGCCACAAGGUGGCGCCAGUCUCCAUUUUAACUCACCUAUUUAUGACUGACGCCUCUUCUACUGUAGUUCGCUCCAACGGGAUUUGGGUAAAACUGCCUUUAAAUAGAGGUUUUAAAUUAUACUUUUACGCCUCAUACUUAGAAAAAAUUACACACAGGAAGGUGCAUGUUCUUGUGGUAUAUAUGACUGCAGUGUUUUCAAGAUUUUGAUGUGUUCUAUAAAUGUCAUAAAUAAAUGCUUUUGUUAACAAACUCAACAAACAAA